GAAAAUGUUAUAACAAUCUCUUGUGAAAUGUGAAUAGACUUCACUGUACAAUUACAAUAAUAAUAAUUAACAAAUAAUAAUCAACAAAGCGGCGCACAACAGUGUAAUAAAUUAUUAUAUAAUUAUAUUUUUUUAGUCAUUUGUUCAGUUUUAACUUUUAAGUUUUAUCGCGAUUAAGAUUUUUUUUUUGUACUAUUUGUACAACAAUCUCACACAUAUUUCUUACAAACGGUCAUUGGAGAAGAAUACGAAUCCGACUCGAAAAACUGUUUGGACUCAGGAAAACCACUGUGUGUGGUAUCUGAAAAGUUGAAAGUCCAAAAGUCCGUCGAUUCGGUAAAAGCGACAAAUUUAAAAAUACGUAUUGACUAUUGGUGUAACUAGCAACGCCAUCUCUCGGACAACUGGAAAACACUUUCGGCCAACGGUCGAGCGCGGUAUAGAUCGCGGUCCUUGGAAAUCUACAAUCUCCGGCCCGACACCAAAGGCGCCGAUUUCCGAGUUCCCACGACACUGGACGCCAAUACGCUAUCUGGCUAUCAUGAGCCUGUUGUUUCGUCGAUUGUUGCCGUCAACUGUUGUCGUCUCCUCGUCUUUAAUUUUUCAGAGCAAAAGUCUUAGUAGCACAACAAACAAAAUGGCUGAAGAUUGGAAGAAUGCUAAAUCUGUGUAUGAUUUCACAGUAAAGGACAUCAAGGGAGAAGAUGUAUCAUUGGAAAAAUACAAAGGUUUUGUGUUAAUCAUCGUGAAUGUAGCAUCCAAAUGUGGUUAUACAUCUAAACAUUACAAAGAAUUAGUUGAGCUAGAUGAGAAGUAUCAUGAUAAAGGAUUAAGAAUUCUCGGUUUUCCGUGUAAUCAAUUUGGAGGCCAGGAACCUGGUGAUGCUGAAAGUAUUUGUAGUUUUACUGCAAAAAAAAAUGUUAAAUUUGACAUAUUUGAUAAAGUCGAUGUUAAUGGCAAUGACGCACAUCCAUUAUGGAAGUAUUUGAAAUCAAAACAAGGCGGUUUAUUGAUUGAUUCUAUUAAAUGGAAUUUUACCAAAUUCAUUGUUGAUAAAGAUGGUCAACCUGUUGAGAGACAUGCUGCAAAUGUUAGCCCUUUGGGUCUGGAGAAGAGUUUGGAAAAAUAUUUCUAAAACCUUACUAUCAAAACAAUGAUUUGUAAUGAUUUAUAUCUCAUUUUAAUCCAUAAGUUUUCAAUUUAUUUUUCUCUACAUUAAUAAGGCUGCAAUAUGUAAUACUUAUAUUGGCUAUUAAGAAUUAUUUUUAUUUUAUUUAUUUGUAGAAAACUUUAUUUAUGAAACAUCACAAUUUUGAUAUUUGAUGUAUAAAGCUAUAAUUAUGUGUAUGCAUACUUUUUGUUGUUUAUUAAAAUAUGGAUCAGAUCAA